UCUGGUGGAAAACCAUUUUCCAAACGAUUGGUUUUCAUAAUCUCCUGCUAUUUUCCAGGCGCUUGCUCACUGUUUGCAGCAUGCAAAACUAUAAAUCCAGGAAAGAGGAAGAGCGCGCGUUUUGGAGGGAGUUUCUAAUGCUGUACCGUAGUCUGCCGGUUGUGUGGAAGAAGAAAAGUGAAGGCUACAAAAACCAGCACAGCAGGAACAAGGCAUAUCAAAUGCUCGUCUGCAAAAUGAAGGAAAUAGAUUCCCGUGCCGACCGGAACAGUGUGUGCACCAAAAUCAAUUCCUUCCGCAGUGCCUACAGAAGAGAGCUGAAGAAAGUGAGGGACAGCAUGCAGUCGGGUGGUGGAACAGACGGCGUUUACGUACCUACCUUGUGGUACUUCCACGAUCUUGAUUUCCUGAGGUAUGAGGAAAAUGAAACCCAAGAGACUUCAACGCUGGACGACGGGGAAUGGAAUGAAGAAAAUAACGAUACUGAGGCCGAUGAAACAAGUUCCCAAGCCUCUCAACACCAGCAAUCGUUUACACGUAAACGAACCAUGCCGACGGGCAAGCAAGAUGUGGACGACCCCCAGACGAACAGUGAAGAGUCGCUAAAGAAUAAACUACUGGUGUUGGCUUGCGAACGUCUCUCAACCAGGCCCUCAGAAUCGCACAUGCUAGCCAGAGCGUGGCGUACGGAUUACGAGAAACUAAGUCCAGAUCAGCAGCUGUACGCUAAGAAAUUCAUUUCAGACAUUCUGUUCGAAGGGCAGCUCGGUACCCUUCACAGAAACUCAAUCACCAUUAGCGAUCCAUCUCAGCCGAGCUCAGUUAAGUACAAUCGAGGCGCAGCAUCCUCUUCCCGCAUGCAUGCAGACUCCCCUCAUGUGUCAGAACAGACGAAACAGGACCAUGAAUCGACACCGGAUGGAUCUGUAUCAUAUCCGUCUCUUCUUAAAAUGGAACAUUUGAUUGAUUGAAUAUCGAUCGAUCGAGAGUAGGGGCACAAUAUCAGACAAA